AUGCAUGCCAGCAAAGAAAAGAGGCGACGAGGUACUGCAAUCGAAGUUACUUCAACUUCUGCUAAUGUUGAUGCUGAGAGUAUUGUAACAACUGAUGUAAAAAGUGUCACAAGUGCUGCUUGUGCAGUACCAUCAUGCAAUACAGACAAGGACACCUGCAUCUGCUGGACGAAAUUGCUAAGCGAUUCUCCUGCUGACAGCACCCGCUUCUGCUCAAACGAACAAAGACGAGUAAAUUGGAGCAAAAGGUAUCAUUGGUACCACGAACAACAACAAACCAUCAAAAAGCUGCACAGUGGAAGUGAUUCACAAAUAAGCAGUGCUAUAGUAGAGUUUGAUAAUUAUUCACAAUCGGGUAAAUAUUUACUUUUAAGCAAUGAAAGGUUAUUAUUGACCUCGAGAUCUCAUGGGAAUAACUCAUCAGCAAGAGAAGAAGAGGAAAGUUGUUGUUUCAGCAGAGAGAGAAUCGUUUACCAGUCAUAUCGUGACCUCAGGUGUACUUCCACGCAACAAUACAACACUGCCUCAUCUUCAUUAUCAUCAUCCAUUCGCUCCCAAAAUCCCACCAUUCAUCAUUAUCGUUAUCAGCAACGAAGCCGCUGCAUUUUAUAUGCAAAUUUAAAACUGUUUAUUUAUUGGCAUGCAUUUUCGUUGUUAGCUUGUUUUGCAGCAACGGGAUUGUGUGUGCGUGCAGCCAUCAGUGAAUCAUUUCUAAAUGACAUGAAGCAUACAGAAAAUGAUAUUCCAGAUCUCCUGCAGCAAUCAUUGAAGUAUACAGCAUCCAUAAGCACCAGUGCCACCACUACUGAUAAUUUAAUAUCUACCCGCCUGAAUCCAUUCCUGAGGCAUUCUCGCUCCACUUCUGUACGACUAGGAUUGUCACUAGAUUCUGUUUGUUACAUUUGGUCUUCAAUGGCACCUCUUGAUUUGUGCAAGCUAGCACCAUGGGCACGGUAUCAGUUUCUUCGUAAAAUUUCCAUCUUCAAUCGCGAUUGUUUAGAGGAAAAUAACAUCAAAGCGGCGCAGUUAUUCCGGCUUACGCCGGGAUAUGUCAAUGAUGAAGCGGAUCUACGAAUGCGAGCAAAAUUUCUUCGUGCAAAUGUAGAAGGACAGGAUUGUAUUUUAGCUCCAGCAGGUGCCCAACAGUGCCUUUCUUGCUUUCAAAAGAUUGAUCGAGGUUUAAAGAAAGUGGAUAAAGCGUACGAAAACUUUAACCUUACGUUACACCGAUUUGAUUGUAUGUUGGCUGUAGAUACUGCUAGCGCAACAAGGCCUUUUUCACCCAAUGGCUCCUGUACUGAUUGCAAGAUUUGGUACAGGAAAUGGUUAGUGGUAAAUUUAUUGAAUUUGUGGUCCGUUCCGCCAUGUAUAAAUUGGUGCUACUAUGUUCAAUUAGCUUGUCCUCAUCUUGCUACCAGUAAAGUGGUUGAUUACGCGGGUCAUCCAAGUUUCCAGUGUAGAGAUCUACACAUACCAUCAGUUGGUGUUCCUCGAGAUCCUGAUCUAGUGAAGUCGACAACUCUUACAAGUUCAUUUUCAAAGAAGAAAUCAGUGGUAGCAUCCAAGUGCGCAUGUCUUCAUCCCUGUGAUCUAGAAGAAUUUUACAAUCUAGUCGAUGUCACUCGAACUGCUCAGCAAAAUCGGCCUAAUAGCUAUUCGAACACUAUCCUUAUGACCAGUGAUGAGGAAGAGGAUUUUUUCCCAUCUCAUCAGCAUUGUAUGGUCAGGCAUUAUUUCUGUGGCAGUUUGAAGGACGAAAUAGAAGGACACCGUGUAACGCGUCGAAGUUCAACUACCAGUGCUUCAGCGGUAGGAGAAAAUUUGCCUAAUUUCAAGUUGGAUGAUGUUUCCUUGUCAAGUUACGUAAUUGGUAUUGCUAAUUUUAUGCGAUCGCCAGAUUCAACUGGAGCUGUACCUCACCGACAAGAUAGUGCCAUUCAGGAAACCUUCACUGAUCCUGUUGGAUAUGUUUCCGAGUGGUGGACGAAACAUCGAGCACGACGUUCACAGUUUAAUGCAAAAACUGUAGCUACUGUUGCUACUAAUAAUUUUACUCCUACUACUGCUCCUGUUACUAUCGGUUCCAGCACACCUACUACCAUUAUUAGUUCUGGUGUCGACUGGAGAGGGACGAAGUGGAGCAUUUGUUCAGGAAUUUUCAUUUAUACCUUGCAUACCUUGUUUUCUUCUUUGUUAUUGCUCAGAAGGCCGCCAUUACUAUAG